AUGUCAGCUCCUGUUUCAAUUGAAACUGUCAUUGCCGUGCACAGGUCAGCACGCCGAAGCGCUGCGUUUGUGAGCAUCGGUGAUGUUUUCUUGCGCGGUCCGGCAGUGUACACAGUACUUGCCAUAUCGUUCAGCAAUAUGUCAGCUCCUAUUCCAAUUGAAACUGUCAUUGCCGUGCACAGGUCUGUCACUAAUCAGACUUUAAAACAGCUUGAAAUUUUAGUGUAUGGAUGGCGCCGUGACACGUUACCUAACAGAGGACUUUGGUGGGCAUGUGCUGCUGGUCGAAAACCACCAUCAGCGAUAUUUCUUGAGCGUAAUUUUUGUUAA